AUGUCACACCUUCUAACAGGAUUUUUCAUUGAGACAGUUUUUUCGUUGCAGACGGCGCUAGACCUCAGUGCUCCGGCUACAGACGCCAUUUUGAUUAACAGAAAAAACGCCUGGAUACAACUCGCUGGACAUCCAGGAUCGUUUGCCCCAGCUGGACCACAUACAAUAUGGAAGAAGAGAAUGGCUAAGGAGAAUUAUGAAUUGAAAGCGUAUCAGUCGUUAAUGGAUUCCCCGACUACUCAGGAUAUCAUUCCAGAAUUUCACAGAGAGGUUGAACACAACGGAGAAUAUUUUAUAGAAAUAGAAGAUCUGUUACAGCAUUUUAAAGAUCCAAACAUUAUGGAUAUCAAAAUGGGAAAAAGGACUUUUCUAGAAUCAGAAGUAAAGAAUCCAGUUUUACGGAAAGAUCUGUAUCAGAAAAUGAUUGAUUUAAACCCCAAUGCUCCCACAGAAGAAGAACGAAAACAAGAAGCCAUUACUAAAUUAAGAUAUAUGCAGUUCCGUGAAGAGGGAAGUUCAACUGCUACGUUAGGUUUCAGAAUAGAAGCUGUCAAGAAAUCUGGAGAAGCCCCAAUUACUAGUCUCAAAAAAAUUAAACACAAAAGUCAGGUAAAGAAGGCCUGUGUAAAUUUUUUACUGAUUGAGCACUGCAUGGUAUUGCCUUGGGGCAUUUUGGUCUUAAAGGGGCAAAAAAAGGUGGAAAAAACUCAUCUCAUUCCAAUGUUAUUGCAGAUCAUAGGUAGUUCAUUGUUGAUCAUGUAUGAUGAAAGUGGCCAUUGUGGGGUGUGGUUAAUAGACUUCGCCAAGACAAUACCUGUGGAAAAUGGAAUGAUACUCUACCACAAUCUACCAUGGUUGCUAGGUAACCACGAAGACGGGUUUCUUAGUGGAUUGGAUAAUCUUAUUGAUGUAAGAAUUUUUUGUCAUUCUUGUAAAUGA